ACGGGCGGGCUAGCGGCGGGACAGCCGCGCGUCGGGGCCAUGCCGCGUUCCUUCCUAGUGGACUCGCUGGUGCUGCGCGAAGCUGGGGAGAAGAAGGCGCCCGAGGGCAGCCCACCGCCGCUCUUCCCCUACGCCGUACCCCCACCGCACGCGCUGCACGGCCUCUCGCCUGGCGCCUGCCACGCGCGCAAGGCCGGGCUGCUGUGUGUGUGCCCGCUCUGCGUCACCGCCUCGCAGCUACACGGUCCCCCCGGGCCGCCCGCGCUGCCGCUGCUCAAGGCGUCCUUCCCGCCCUUCGGCUCUCAGUACUGCCACGCGCCCCUGGGCCGCCAGCACUCGGCCGUGUCGCCCGGGGUCGCUCAUGGCCAGGCCGCCGCCGCGGCUGCCGCCGCGCUUUACCAAACCUCCUACCCGCUACCAGACCCUCGGCAGUUCCACUGCAUCUCCGUGGACAGCAACUCGAACCCGCUACCCAGCAGCAAGAGAAUGCGCACGGCUUUCACUAGUACGCAGUUGCUGGAGCUGGAGCGCGAGUUCGCCUCCAACAUGUACCUGUCACGCCUGCGCCGAAUCGAGAUCGCAACCUACCUGAACCUGUCCGAAAAGCAGGUGAAGAUCUGGUUCCAGAACCGCCGGGUGAAGCACAAGAAGGAGGGCAAAGGCAACAACCCCCGCGGAGGCGGGAGCUCUAGCGGUGGAGCCGGGGUAGGCGUGGGCGUGCCUCCAGGCUGCAAGUGCGCGUCGCUCUCCUCUGUCAAGUGCUCAGAGGACGACGACGAAUUGCCCAUGUCUCCGUCCUCUUCGGGAAAGGACGAACGGGAUCUCACUGUUACUCCCUAGGAGC